AUGAUGGAGUGCGACUUGGUGGCUGGCUUCACCGGCUUUCCUAAUUAUCUUGUGACGGUGUGGAACUGGCGGACGCAGCAGAGAUUACUGGCCUUGCCUACGGGGGUUUUAAAGAGAAAGCAAAUUUACAUGCCAAGCCAGACUCACAUGCUUCUGUGCGAAUGCUGGGGUGAGGGGUUGAUAGUGUGGGAAGUAGCUCAAUGCUACAAACGAUGUUUUAUGAUGAAACGCGCAAAGGAAGAGGUAACCGGAUGGGAGAUAUCCGAUCCGGCACUUGUUGGAGUCUGUUGGACCAAUGACGGUCAUCUAUACGCCAUCGACUCAUUGGCGAAUCUUUAUAGUGUUAUAUCUGAUGGCAUAGGGAUGAUCACAAAUCUGGAAUGGUCAGAGGAUCUACAGGGCGCCGAAAAGCCAAGCAUUUGCUCUUUCUUCAACGGUAUAUUAAUAUAUGGUCCCGAUCAGAAACUUCGAUUGCUUAAGAAAUGGGACAGCACCUGGAAAGUGGUAUGGAGUUUCGAGCCAGACGACAGCGUGGUCAGGCUCAUAUCGAACGCGACGUAUGAGUUGGCCGCCAUGUGGACGGCGCGCGGCUUUCUCUAUAAGCUCGUUGGCGAGACCGAGGAGAAAAUCGACGUCGUUCUUUAUACAUACAGACAGAGGAACAUUGUUAAAAUUCAAUUAAUAGCACCGGAUUUUAAGCAUUUGGCCACUAUGAAUAAAACAGGAGAACUCUGUUUUUAUGAAGCGCUGUCGGGAAAAUUGGUCCUUAGAAAACUAGUUGAGGGCAAUGACAUUAACUUCCAAGGCAGUCCCGUUGACCCCCUGCUCGUAAUAUUCGGUGAGGUUGGACAAAACUAUGGUAUCGGCUUAUUCACUUACGAGCCUGGACUUGGACUUCAGAAGGUGGGCAGUAUGUGCCUGACGCAUCAGAUCGUCUCGCAAGUUGUCUUCUCUUCCACUGGCAGGAAGCUCGUGGCCGUCGCCAAGUCAGCUGGACAUAUAUUUAUUUUCGAAUUAUCGGAAAAAUACAAACUGACUCUGGUGAGGUACGCGGAGUUAGGCCGAGGUCUUGCGGACAGCUUCCUAAUGAAGGUCGGCGAGGCGAUGCGCUCUUUCAACCUGAUCUUGUUUUCGGACAAAUAUUUUAUAGGGGAGCGGAUAGUGUGUAUCAAUGCUGACAGUGGUAAAGACAACAAGUUCGCCGGCAAGAUGCAGGGGCCGUACAGCGAGGUGGUGCCGCUGGCGGCGCGCGAUUGCGCGCUAGCCGUGCCGCAUCUCUCCACACACAUGCACGUGCUGCGCCUCUCCGGCGUGAAAGGCAAAACCGUCUCCGUUAAGAUGGGUCCGGUCUUUGAAUCCGGACACGAUUUGAAACAGUUCAGAGCUUUUUGUAACGGCAAUGCUCUGCUUACUUUUGGUUACGAUGGUGCCGUCAUUUUAAGAAAACCGGAUGCUCCUGAAAAGUAUGAUCUAAAACUAAUAGUGUCGCAUCGGUACGAAAGUGGCGUGGAGCAGGCUCUGAUAGAUUCUAACAGCCGCUACAUUGUGCACGUGGGCGGCAACGGUACGACCGCGGUAACGGUAAUCAACAACAAGCACGAAGGAGUUUUAACAGAGUUGUCGACUGAUAUACGCACGGAAGCACCGGAUCCGAACCUCUUUGAAGAUAGUGCGGUCAAUAUCAUUACCAUUUUUAAUGAGAGUGAAAAGAACUAUUUGGACGUGGUGGAGGAUAAACGAGUGCGUGAGGAGACGCUGGAGUUCGCGCGGCAGCGGGCCGAAGUGUCCCGCGGGUUGGAGGCCAUCCAGGAGCGCGUGGUCGCGCUGCUCGAGAGCAACCUGGCCGCGCCGCCGCUGCACCGCCUGCCGCUCUCCAGCUUCAACCUGCACGUCGAGCGCACCAACGAGCGCGCCGAAGAGGAACGCGAGCAAAUCCGAUUACAGACUGAAGCACGUAUACGAGCACAGGACACAGUGACAGCAUGGAUUAAGAGUCAAUGCUGGGACAGCAUGAUAACGCCGCGUAUCAAGCUUUUCUCAAUCUUCAGCCACUACCAUGUAGAAAACUUUGCGGUGCUACCGAAUCAACGCGAAGUAUGGCCAGAGCUGCAACUGACAGAAGCUCUCAGAACAUUGGAAAUGGAGAAUGACGCUGACGUAUUCAGACCUUGGGAAGAACAUACGCCCACGCCAGCAGUAGAACACAAUCAAAUGUAA